UCAAAAGCUCAGAUUGAAUUCAAUUCAGUCUUCCAUCGUUGAAGCUCGAGGCUUCGUCCAUGGAGUUCGGGGGCUUCAGCAAGACCUCUGGUCCAUCGAGUCGUCCUCAAAGCUUCAAUCCUUUCGCCACCCGACCCUCAAAUCCCACUCCUUCCAACCCUAAUCUCUCUGCUCCCAGAAAUCCCGCCCCCCCGGACCCUCGCAUGCCGCCUCAAUCUCAAGGGUUUGUUGCAUCUCAUAAAAUGGCUAGUCAACCAGUGCAGCCUGUCAACCUUGUGUAUCUAAGAAAUCAUCAACGCUUCCCUCCGACUAAAGCUUAUGAUGGCGAAGCUAAGUUGUCAAAUAAACCCCUCAACUUCCCUGAUUCCAAUAGGAAUAGUUCUCCCCCUUUGGCAUCUACUAAUAAUCAGUUUUUAAAGAAUCAUCAUCCUUCAAGUGCAAAUACUUUGAGAUCAGACACUCUUGUCCAGUAUCUGAAUGGAACUACUGAAACAUCAAAGCCCAUGAGUCCAGCAUCUCUGGCUUUGCAAAAGAACAUCCCUAUCCAGACUUCUAAUAGUCCUGUAGAGGGAGCUAAAAGAUCACCAGCUCGUCAGAAGGUCUCCUAUGCUGGAAUAUAUGAUGGUAGCAGCCUUGCUGCACCCCAUCCAUCCUUUAUGAAUGCUCCCAAAGGGAUUAGUCCUCCUUUGGCUUCAUUGGAUUCACCUUUGGUUGUAUCUUCUACUCAAGUUGAUUCCGAAAGGCUUGAUGUGUCCCAUCCAAGAUUUAAUAAUCAGGGGAAGUUUCCAUCUGUUCAUGCUAGAUCCCCUCCUCCCGAUCAGAUCAUUCCUCCUGUUGAGCCUUAUUCCAAUUCAUAUGAUAGAGGAACCCUUCCUCCACUCAAGUCUACACACUUAAAUGCUCCUAAAAGGACCAGGUCUCCACCAUCACAAUCUGCUGCUACGCCAUUAGAUUUGGCAUCUGCUCAAGCUGAUGAUGAUGGAGAAGUGCAAGCUAAAGCUAAGCGGUUGCUGCGCUUCAAUGUUGAAUUAAGCCAACCUAUGCGGAAACUGCAAGAUCUUGUUAAGCACAAGCCUUUGGGGAAAAAACAUGGAGCUUCACUGGACCCACGAUCUGUGAAUGAUCGCUCUGCUGCCGAAUAUGGAGGCUCUGAUUCAUCUGAUGCUGUAAUUGGCUUAUGCCCAGAUAUGUGCCCAGAAUCAGAAAGGGAGGAACGUGAAAGGAAGGGAGAUCUUGAUAAAUAUGAGCGCUUGAAUGGAGAAAGAAACCAAACAACCCAAUAUCUUGCUGUUAAAAAGUAUAAUAGGACUGCCGAGCGAGAUGCUGACUUGAUAAGGCCUUUGCCAGUUUUGCAGAAGACAAUUGAUUAUCUUCUGGAUAUGUUGGGUCAACCAUAUAGUGAUAAUUUUCUUGGUAUCUACAACUUCUUAUGGGAUAGAAUGCGAGCAAUAAGAAUGGACCUUAGAAUGCAACACAUUUUCAAUCAAGAUGCUAUAACUAUGCUGGAACAAAUGAUAAGAUUGCAUAUCAUUGCAAUGCAUGAGUUGUGUGAAUAUGAGAAAGGAGAAGGCUUUUCUGAGGGAUUUGAUGCCCACCUAAACAUUGAACAGAUGAACAAGACAUCAGUUGAGCUGUUUCAAAUUUAUGAUGAUCAUAGGAAAAAAGGGAAGAGUGUGGAGACAGAAAAAGAAUUUCGCGGCUAUUAUGCUCUUCUUAAACUUGAUAGACAUCCUGGAUAUAAAGUGGAACCUGCGGAGCUCUCACUAGAUCUAGCAAAGAUGGCUCCUGAGGUGAGAUGCAGCCCUGAAAUUAUGUUUGCACGCAAUGUAGCAAGAGCAUGUAGGACGGGUAAUUAUAUUGCCUUUUUCAGGCUUGCUAAAAAAGCAACUUAUCUUCAGGCUUGCUUGAUGCAUGCGCAUUUUGCUAAGACACGAACACAGGCUCUGGCUUCUCUACACAUUGGUCUUCAGAAUAACCAAGGGAUUCCUGUUCAGCAUAUUGUAAAAUGGCUUGGCAUGGAGGGUGAGGAUAUAGAAGCCCUACUAGAAUAUCAUGGGUUUGUGUUGAGGAAGUAUGAGGAGAUGUAUAUGGUGAAAGUUGGUCUCUUUAGAAAUAGUGAUAAUGAUUUCCCGACCAAGUGUUCAGAACUUGUUCACCAGAAGCAGUCGCAUAGGGUGAUUGAUGAUGUGUAUUCUGGGCAAUCAAUCUCAUGCCUCGGGGAAGAUAGAGAAUUUGCUCCAAAUAUUGUCAGCAUGGUGGAUCAGGGAGCCACUUCUAGCUUAGAAGCUCUGCCUGCCAUUGUUGAAGAUGAAAUGCUGGACUUCGAAGCUGAAUCUAUUGAGGUUGUUACCCCAGACGUAGAUGAAGAGGCAGCCACAGUUGUGAGUGGUGAGCAUGAAGGUGACAUGGUAGAGGCUACUUUUUCAGAGGCUAGUUUUAUACCAGUAGAUCCUUUUGCAAGAAAUUUGAUGCCAGUAGAGUAUGAUCUAGUGGAUGAACCCAUUGAAGAUUCACCUGGAGAAGGGAUGACUGAAGAGAUGAGCAUGCCAAAAUUUGAAGAAAAUAUAAUUCAAAAUGGUGCCAUAGGAAGGUCAGACUCUAAUUAUGUUAAGGAAUCAGAGAACUCAGAACACCAGAUGGCCUCAGACAGCAAAUCAGAAGUGGUGGCAUCAAUGCCGACACAUCAGCAGAAAGAAAAACUUUCUAAUGAAAAAUUGAAAAAUAUCUUGAGGAAAUGGAAGCAGCAAGCAUUAGUCCAGAGAGAAACGCGGGAGCGGAAACUGUUUCUAGCAAGUCUAGCACUAAGUUCACUUUCACUUGGACCACCUAUUCGUUUUAGUCAGCCUCAAUCGAAUCAUGCUACUGGAAGCCUUGACAUUGAUCAGGCAGCAAGAAAUAGAUUCAGUAGAUUGUCAAAAUCAUGGUCAAGAUUGAAUGUGUCAGAAUUAGUUGCAGCAACAUUGAGUGCUAGAAAUCCUUAUGCAAAAUGCAUCUGCUGGAAAUUAGUUGUCUAUAUCAAGGGAAAUGUCUUGGAGAACCAUGCUUAUGAUCUGGCCUCACAAUGGUUGCUCUCAAAGCUCCGUGGAAAAAAUACAGAAGAAGAAGAUGAUGAUGAUCUUCUUGUAUCUUCAUCGAACUUGUCAAUUUGGAAGAAGUGGAUCGACACUCAAAUCAGUCCCCAGCAAAUGUGUUGUUUGUCAGUUAUCAGGGAAGCCAUAAUCGGCAAUAGUAUGCCAAGCUCUGAAGAUGAUAUUGUUUCUGGUAUGAGCUGUGCAAUGUUUCUUGUGUCAAAAGCUAUUCCAUACGAAACACAGAGAAAUAGACUCCACAAUCUUGUUCAGUCACUACCACCUGGAUCCAGCUUGCCUCUUCUGAUAGUAUGUAUCGAUAUACAGAAAGAUGAAGCUUCUGAUUCUCCUCUAUUAUUGAUUCAAAGACUCGGCCUUCAGGAUGUGGACAAAACAAAGAUAAACUUUUUUUCAAUUAUCUUCCUAGCUGGUGACCACAGUCAAGAGCAACUGAAUUGCUUCUUUGAGGAUGAUAACUUGAGAGAGGGCCUACAAUGGCUAGCAGAACAUUCACCUCUUCAACCUGCACUUCGUUUGGUGAAUAUCCGGGAAUUAGUUGCAAAUUACUUGAAAUGUUCUCUGGAGGUCAUAGAAAAUAUUGAUUCCUCUAAAGCAGGUCCCGAGCAUUGUGUAUUGGCCUUCAAUGAAGCAAUUGCCAGGUCGGCGGAGGAAAUUCUGGCUGCGGCUUCCAUUAAUCCAAACCACUGGCCGUGUCCUGAGAUUAAUUUGUUAGAUAAGUCUAGCACUGAGCAGAUCGCAACACAGCUGUUCUUGCCAAGUAUAGAUUGGAAUUCGGCCUCAAGAAUCCAAUCACUUGUCCAUAAAUUGGAGGAAUGCAGACUACCAAGUUUUCCUGACAUCUCAUAUUGGCUGAAUCAAGGCUACCCCUUGCCUCAACAGAUCCAAGAACACAAGUUAGCACUCGAAGAAUGUUUGGUUCGGUAUCUUACUCAAUCAAGUCACCUUUUAACUGAAGACCUAGCUACAGUGGAGGCCAAUGUGAUGCUACAGAAAGGUGUCGGUCUUGAACUUCAUGGUUCAAGUUAUCACAUAGUCCCCAGAUGGAUUGCAGUCUUUCGACGUAUAUAUAACUGGCAGUUGAUGAAAUUGGCUAAUCUGAGACUCUCAGAUGCUUACAUCUUGGAUCGGCCUUGUGGGAUUGAUUCUCCUAGCCGGAGUGGCGUCGCAGCACUCCCCGGGCCCACCCUAAGGAUAUUAGAUGAAAAUUCAAGCUUUGAAGUGGAAGAUGCAUCGCAUUCAUUAUCAACCAAACCAACUUUUGAUGAAAUGUUUGGAGUUAUAUGUGAUAAACCAUUGGCGCAACAACCGGUAUCGACUUCAUCUGAGGGUGUUCCAGUUGUGUUCGGUGAAGCUGCUGAUCUUUCCUUAACCAGUAACAAGGGCAUGGAUGUGGACAUUGGAAGAAAUUAUUUACUCAGUGAAGUCUCUCCAACUAAGACACACAAACAGGAAGUUGCGCCAUCUGCGGUGAAGACACCGGAUAAGUUGGCUGUGCUGCUGCAUCAGUGCCGUCGAGUGCAAGACAAGAUAGAUGAAAAGCUUGCACUUUAUUUUUGAGCCCUCUAUCCAAGAAAUUUUGUGAUUCUAUAGUUUUUUCACUAGUCAGUGUUAGAGUCCUAACUAUGCAUGGAAGAUGAAAGAAUGAAAAUGUUGUACAAUAUGUAGAGACUUGAUCUAUUAUCUAAUGAACCAGGUUUUUAUGG